UUCUUCUUGUUCGAUCUCCAUCGCUGUUAUUUCAUCCAGGUGUGAUCUUUUGCGGGUUGUGGUUUCGUUCUGGUUGAGGGAUGGUUUCAUCUUUAGUUUCAGGUUUAGGGCAUUGAAAAUUUUAGAUUCUUGUUCUCCAAUUUUAGGAUUAUUUCGGGGAACCUUCUUUUUUGUUUGCAAUACGUGAUGGGUAGAGCAGAGUAUUCACCGUUAACUGCGAAACAAGCGGUGCCGAAGUGCCAUGGUGUGACACAGCCAAUAUCGUUGGCAGGGCCCUGUGACGCUGACGUGCAAAGAAACAAGGAGUUGGAAAAGUUUCUGGUUGAUUCUGGCUUGUACGAAAGCAAAGAGGAAUCUGCCAAGAGAGAGGAGGUUCUUUGCCGGAUAGGACAGAUUGUGAAAGACUGGGUAAAACAGCUUACUCGCAUAAAAGGUUAUACAGAUCAAAUGGUGGAGGAUGCAAAUGCUGUGAUCUUUACUUUUGGUUCCUAUCGUCUCGGGGUGCAUGGACCUGGAGCUGAUAUAGACACGUUAUGUGUUGGGCCAUGCUAUGUGAACAGGGAGGAGGAUUUCUUUUAUAUAUUACACAAUAUUUUGGAAGAACUGGAAGAAGUGACUGAGUUGCAGCCAGUUCCUGAUGCUCAUGUCCCAGUGAUGAAAUUCAAGUUUGAUGGAAUAUCUAUUGACCUACUUUAUGCUAGUAUAUCUUGUCUGGUUGUGCCUGAAGAUUUGGAUAUCUCUGACGUGUCUGUCCUGUAUAAUGUUGAUGAGCAAACUGUUAGAAGUCUUAAUGGUUGUCGGGUUGCUGAUCAAAUUCUAAAGCUUGUUCCAAAUAUUGAGAAUUUUCGAACAGCACUUAGAUGCUUGAAGUUUUGGGCAAAAAGGCGUGGUGUUUAUUCAAAUGUUACUGGAUUUCUUGGUGGGGUAAACUUGGCACUUCUUGUGGCACGGGUUUGUCAGCUUUAUCCAAAUGCAGUACCAAGUAUGCUGUUGUCUCGAUUUUUCAGAGUCUAUACCCAGUGGCGUUGGCCAAACCCUGUGAUGUUGUGUGCAAUUGAGGAGGAUGAUCUUGGGUGUUCUGUAUGGGAUCCUCGUAAAAAUCAUCGCGAUAGAACUCAUCAUAUGCCUAUUAUAACACCUGCAUAUCCAUGCAUGAAUUCUAGCUACAAUGUUUCAACAAGUACACUCCGAGUUAUGAUGGAACAGUUCCAGUUUGGUAACAGAGUUUGUGAGGAAAUUGAGCUGAAUAAAGCACAGUGGAGUUCUCUUUUUGAGCCGUAUUUGUUUUUUGAAAGCUACAAAAACUAUUUGCAAGUUGAUAUAGUAGCAGCUGAUGCUGAUGACCUACGCACUUGGAAAGGAUGGGUAGAGUCUCGGCUUAGGCAGUUAACAUUGAAGAUUGAGAGGAAUACUAACGGAAAGUUACAGUGUCAUCCUUAUCCACAUGAAUAUGUCGACACAUCCAAGCCAUGCGCCCAUUGUGCGUUUUUCAUGGGUCUGCAGAGGAAGCAGGGAGAGAUAAUUCAAGAAGGGCAGCAGUUUGAUAUACGUUCAACAGUUGAUGACUUCAAGCAUAAUGUAAAUAUGUACAUGUUUUGGAAGCCAGGAAUGGAAAUCUUUGUUUCUCAUGUCCAUAGAAGGCAGAUCCCUCUUUUUGUGUUUCCAGAAGGUCAUAGACCUCGUGCUUCAAGGGUAUCAGCUUUGCAACGUUCUGAUGGACCAAAUCAAGAAGAUGUACAAAAUUGUAGGAGUGGCAGUGGUGAGAGAUACCUUAAGAGAAAAAAUGAUCUCAAUCGAAUUGAAGGAGAGCAUGGUUUUCCUGAAAAACGACGGUCUAUUAGUCCUAGAAGGCAGGAUUCAGUUUCAUCCAACAUCAGUCAAUUUUCAAAUAGUGCUUCUUCUGAGCAUCCGGAAGCUGAUGUUGAAGCUAAAACUAUUGAUGAGAAGAAUAGAAUGUGUCAGACGAUCACUCGGGAAACUGAAGAGUUGACUUUUGGUGUCUCUAGUAUUGGUAGUGGUUCUUCAAGGAAAGAAUCUAGAAGUGUAGAGAGUGACAAAGGGUGUACAAAAGAGAAACUUGAGUCAGAAAAAAUUCCUCGUAUCGAAAUUGGACAUAGAUGUGCAUCUAAUUCCAGUGUGAUCACUACCUUAGCAAGUGAAAGUAGUUCCUGCGAGAAUGUCGGGUUCGCUGCGGGUAGUAGUGAAGGAAAUGCUGGGAGCAUAGAAGGAAGUGCUGAUGAAAGUAACAAUCCAGGGACACCUGUGGUUGAUUCGUGCGAGGCAGAUUCUGAACUUCAGUUGGAGAACAGUCGUGUAAAUGGAGAUAUCAUGCAUAUGGAGCCAAAGCCAAAUGCUGCGCUUGAGUUGGCAUUAAAUCCUGGAGGUGGGGUUAAAACAGAAACCAUCCCGAACUCAGUGAUAAGAUUGAGUAUGGCCUCAACAGCGUAAGAGGAGAAAGAUGAAUAAGAACUCUCUAUAUGACGGUCUAAUCCCACCUUUGUGAAUCCAUUUUGGCCAAAGAAGACAUGGAAGGAAGGAAAGAAAGAAAGAAAGGAAGAAAGAAAGCCAUUCGGGGUAAGUGUUAUUUGAAUUGCUGGCCUUGGCGUGUCAUUCUUUUGUUUUUUGUUUUUUGUUUUUUUUUUAAGUGCCCACAUUUUUUAUGCCUACAAAAUGCACCAUCACUGCGGAUCAGAAAAAUUAUUAAACAGAGUGAAAAGUCCGUUGUACUGAUUAUUAUACUCGUUGCACUUAUGAUGAUUUCAAACAAAACUGGUCUUCAAGAGCUUUGUGAGCCUCAAAGGGGCUUCCCUUGGCUUGUUGGGAUUCUUGCUAAUUUACAUUGUUUUGGCUGCUGAAUUGAGUGCUAGCUACCCCAUCGUUGGACUUCGUCGUCAUCGUCAUCGUCACCCCGACCUCACUAGUCAUUUGUAACAUAUCCAUAUCCAUAUCCAUAUCCAUAUUCAUAUUCAUAUCCACGAACCCUUGUGUUAAUUAUGGUGACGAGGGAGGUCUCGUCUUUCUAUCUUUUCUUUCUUUUUCUUUUCUAGCUUAUUGAGAUUGGAAUGGGAUUAAGUUUUUAGAUUUAUGAACAAACUACCUGACUUGGUGUUUCUUGACAUCGAUUGUAAUCUACCAACUAUUUGUGUUAAUACAGACAACUAUGUCAGCUUCUCUA